UGCUCUGCUCCAUCACCAUCCUUACUACGCCGACAGCUGACCGCAUCGAAUUGCCAUGGACUCUGACUCGGAGAUGGAAGUCGCAAUCUUGGAAGCCAGAACGAAGACGGAUCCAGUAAUCAGUCGCUGGCUCCGUACCCAAGGGUCGACCAUGAAGAUGCACGAUGAGUAUAUCGAGAAUACGCUCUUCUCUCAUAUGGACAGCUGCAUGUACUGGGGACGUGAGGAAGACACUCCACCGGAGACGGAAAUAAGUCGUCACAAACAUCAGCGUUGCGUCAACGAAUAUGGGAUGAGCGCUAUUCAGCGACUUUUCCGCACGCUCGUUGGCUUCCAUAUCGGAAUACUCGAUGGCGUGGGGCGGUAUCCUUCGCGGUACGCGCGCGCGCGGACCCGUCUGGAUGCCUUCGUCGACGACCUGAAGUAUGCAACAAGAGGAUGUAGCAGUAUACAAGGGCAAGACGCAGUAACGGAGGACGGCGUUCAGGGGAUCGCCGUUUGCCUACUUGAGGCCAACAAACUCUGGGAAGAUCUUGCCAGGAAGUGGCACCUGGGUCGUACCGUUGACUGUGACUUUAUCAUGGCUGAGUUCGAAGCUUGGGAGAAGGUCGUCGAGAAGUACCCACGCCCUCAGUUCCAGAUCCUCCUUUUGUUGGAUCUACCUCUCGAGAUCCUUGCCCACAUCAUGUCGGUUUCUAGCAUGGUUCAGCGUAGGAGAUGGCAUAUGACUUGCAAGGCUUUGCAGGAGCAAGCGUCUCAGUUCAUAUAUGAGGACGUUGACUAUGAAAUGAGAGUGGACGACUUAGACCUGCCUAUCCUGGACGAUAUACCUCUUGACGCCGAGGAACAUGGCAGGAGAGUACGCGCCCAUGUGCACGAAGUCGCGUUCGCACAACGCGACGCUAUCUACGAGCGUAUGUGUCGCGCAACGCGGACGCGAGACAUCUGGCGACAGAUCCGAUGCCUGACCUUUCUCGAAUGCUGGUCGAGCGAAUGGGCGGCCUUCUACCCCUUCAACUUUGUGGACGACAUGGAUAUUCCGUACCUCGAACUGGUCGGCUCCUUCUAUGAACUUCUCUACAUCCAGCUGCUCUUGUCUCCGGUCGUCAGGUUCUCCUUUUACAGUCGCUAUAUCAACGAGACGCUGUGGGAGGGCAUUGCGUGGUGCAAAACGCUCCGCACCCUCCAUCUAGACACCAUCGUCCCCGCUGAUGUGCAGUGGGCUCCGAGUAUCGUCAACCUUCACCUCAAAAUGGAACACCUCCGACACGACGACAACUGGCUCUUGAACCUCGCUUGUUUCUGCCCAUCCGUCCUUUUCCUCUCCUUCUACGGCCAUCAGGGGCACGGAGCUCCCCUUCUCCCUCGCAUCAUCGACGAUCGCGGACACAACAUCAUGACGCAUAUACGCCGCCUCGACCUGCGACGAGUACGCGCCGAAUCUCUGACGAUAUUGGCGGACGCUAUCACGGCAGCCGGCAUUGCCCCGCUCACCCAUCUCUCGAUCUUGCCCAUCGCGUCCCAUAUCAAGAGGGACGUUGCGCUCGCUCUCUGUGACUCUUUCCUACAUGCACCUCACCUCCGCGUCCUUCGCAUCGCUGGUCUGCAAUAUGCUCGUCCCGAAUUCCUUGCCGCCCUCGGACACUCUGCGCCCGACCUGACGAAGCUGGUCCUGGAGUUCUGCGCCAGCGUAUCGUACAAGCAGCUACCGCUCACGCCCUGGCCUCGCCCUUGCUUCGAAUACGCCCCGCAUCUCGCUGCCCUUCCGCAUCUGGAGCACCUCGGACUGAACAUGCCACUCUCUGCAAUGCGCCUGGCUACGUGCUCUCUGCUCCAUAUGGAACGCGCCGAAGACGCUGCGAGCGGCGUCCCCGCCUUCUCAGCAAAUAGACAGGAUGACGAAAUAGAGGUGGACGCGGCGAAGGCGACGGCACGCCUGUUUGCAGUUCACGGGCGCAGCCUCAAGACGAUCUUCUUCGAGGAAGUGGAGAAGGCGUUUUGGAUGACUGCCUGGGCUGUAGAUCGGGACAUCGACGGAAGGCCCUUGGUGCGCGACAGGCUUACCCAUAGCGAGAGUAUGGAGGGCAGGGAGUUCAUGUACUGUGAGAAUUGGGACUUCGAUGAGAGGGAGGGCCGGGAGAUCGUACGCGGCAAAGUGUGA